CAGUGCAAGUAGGACUUUGCUCCCGAUAUUAAAUUACUAACGUCAUUGACUCGUAUAUGCCAGAUUGGAUGACAUACAAAAAGACAUGACUUUGCAACUUAAUCACGACCGACGCAUAACCGAAUGUUAGCUAAACUUUCGUUUGGCUGUAAACUGCCCCUUGAGCAUUAUUUUCCGUUGUUUUUACGCAACAGCAAUGAUGAAGAAAUUAUGAGGGAACAAGAUGCAGUCACACAACCUAUGUUAUCCGCUCAUAUAUUUACGACAAAUUAUCGCUGAAGACUGUAAUACCGACGGAGUCGGUGAUACAAGCGACAAUCGGGAGGUGCUAUGAUCGCGAUCCCGAAUUCCUUGCAGAGUCGCUCGUUGUCAUCACUUUCCAAUUCAUGAAGCGACCUAUGUAAACAUCAGGUCUGUUCUUUUUAGUUGAAGCAGUGCUGCGCCGAAACUUCGCUCCUUUUCUCCCCAACGCAACAUUUGUACGUUUGUUUCACUCUAAUGGCAAGAAGCGUACCGUAGCUCAGCUAGAAGGAACAGACCUAUUGAUUCUCGAGUCACGUAACCGCAUGUUGCUGCUGUUUAUGUUCAAGAACGACGGUUCAUAGUCCGCUGUUGUCUUAUCGCGCGUCAUUGAUUACAGCGAAUCGCUCGCACGAAACGAGUGGCGUAAUCAGCUCGCGUUGGGUGACGACGGCGAUGAGCGAGCUAUGACGUAGCAGAGCGAGCGAAAUUGGACGGACAGCGAAUAUCAUCGCACCUUAUCUACACGAACGGUUCAUUUGGGCGUCUCCUAUGUAGGCGUCUUCUGUUUGAUAUGUGUUCUGUUUGAUCGAUGUCAUUCCGGCUGACCGUUGUACAAUUAGACCACACUGAUGAGAGUGAACAGAGUGACGUAUUUUCCAAGAAGUAGAGAGGGGGGAGUGGGAGGGUUGGGAGGGAGAGAGAGGGGAAAUCCACGAGAAAUCGUGUUUACGUUCACGUGUAACGUUCAGAUGGAGAAGUUCAUUUUGUAAUUCACUAUAAUCGUCAGGAUGUCUGAGAACACGCACAACAAAGAGAAGUGGCAGCUACUGCAGAGCCUUCGCUCUACCGUGGAAGGUUUGAUGAUUGACGGAGUAUCCAACGUGUGGAAUGUUUAUGGUGGCCUGAACCGGUUGCACAAUGUGGUGGAGCAGAUAUUCAAACACGGUUGUCGGAUAUACGAUCCCAAUGGUGAACCAGACUGUUGGAUAUUUAUUCAAGGACUAAAUUGGCUUCAACCUUCCUUGGCUACAUCACCGGUGUUGUCAGAAAAUGAAGAUUACUUAUGCAAUCUGUCAGCCCGGAUAACGUCCAAGAAGGACAUGUUAUGGCUAUAUAAAAGUCUAGAAGGCCAUUCCCUAUCACACAAAUUAUCAUGGCUAUUAUCUGAUAAAGAACAUCUACUUUCUUGCCUUGAGCCAUGGGCGUUCCUUUGUCAGGAAAACCUAGCAGAGGCGACACUUUUGUGCCUAAGGGCAGUGGAGAGAAAUCAGCCAGUGUUGCUAGCAGAAAUCGAUCCCUGUUUAUUUCUGCCAACAUGGAUAUCUCCCAGAGCGAGUCCCAGACGUCAUCGUCGUUCGUCCUCAUAUCCGGUGAAUUUUUCCAGUGUCGGCCACGGUGUCACGCGAGACAAAAGUCUCAGUGUAUACAGCAGAUGUCACUUGGAUCAGCUGAGUGUCUCAACGCAGGCUGUGUCGCGCGACAAAAUGGAUACUGAGAGCGAAGAAACAUCGAAAUCUGCACAAGUUAUCGACAUCGAUAGCGAGCAAAGCGAUUCCAAAGUUCAAGAAAUAUCACUGAAGACGUGGAAUAGUUUGCCUGCUUUAGUUAAAAACCAUAAUAAGGUCGUUGCUGAGAAUUCAGGCCCGAUCUCACCGACCAUCCAAGAAAAUUGCAAUAACAGCAACAAUAGCGAUAGUAGUAGCAAUAGCAAUAGCAAUAAUCAUCCUCGCACCUUCGAAUUAGCGAAGAUCAUCGACAUCAUCUAUUCAGAAUCAAAACAACCCGAUGAUACUAACACAGAGAAGCUUGUGGCAAAGCCCAAAACGCCUGUCAGACGAGAACGAAAGACGAAAAGUCGAAGGACGAAAACCCGACCAAGUCAAGGUAAAACAGCGUCUUGCAGCAUGUUUCUCGAAGCUCCUUCGAGCGUUCAUGAAGAAGCUGGUAAUGUAGUCGAAGAGACGCGACCAACUGUUGCAACGAACGAAUCGGUGGAGAUGAAGUACCUAGAGCAAUGGACGACGCGCAGGAAGACGUCGUUCCUGGUGGGAUCAGCGCCUGAGUUUACGGGCUCAUGGAGCUUAGAGAUAGAGGGUCAGAAGGACAUCCGGACACCGCGGAAGAGCUUCAUGGAGGACGGCGGUAGUAGCGUGCAACCGAUGGCGACCGGUUACUUCCCGCGUCCAGCUGAAGGUCAGAGUCUAGCCAGUUUCUUGACUUCUGCUCAGUUUUCCCGCGCUCAUGACGCCGAGCUGGACCGCGAAAACGCACACUUCAGCAUCUGCGAGGCGAUGAUCGCCGCUAUCGAGCAGGUCAAGUGCAACCGUCUGCAGCGUCGGUUGUUGGACGAUGCAGUCGACGAUGAGAGCGACGAGGAGAUCAAUCGAUUAAAGCAGCGGAUCCGACUGCGACGUUGGCAACGACAGGAGGAGAAAUGUCGGGGCAAAGGCUGGAGCCGCGACCUGCUGAGCGAUGGCAGGACCGACACGACCACGACCACCGAUCAAAGCGUCAGCCCAUUGUCCACGUCCCCGGGGACAACCUCGGACAGUAUGUCCACGGACUCCUCGGAGCUGGACGAGCGGAACGUGCUGAAGCUCAGGAACGGUGGUAUGUCCGCGUCGAACGUCGAUCUGUUUUCGGACGCGGAGUCGCGCGCAUCAAGGCAUGCUACGGAUUCGACCCUGAAUGAGAGCAGCGUGUCCGCUGAAGGAGUGGCUCUUUCUCUCAUAAGCCGUUUCAGCGAGAGACAGCUACCUCGGGCGAGCGAAUUGCAAUGGCUAGUGUCAGAAAAGGACGCUCCUCAGCGCCUGUUGCCGAUGCCGAAGAGCUGGCCGGUCAGCCCCGACGAAGCCGAAACCGAAGACGCAGCGACGAUUUCAUUGAGGGGGACUACUGAGUGGGCUCCGCCGCGACCGCAGAUUAUUUUCACACCCCAUGCACCACCGGUGAGACGAAUGUUGAUAGCUAAACAGAAUUACAGAUGCGCAGGUUGCGGCAUGAAGGUGGCGGUGAAGUACGCUAAUCGCUUCCGAUACUGCGAGUACUUGGGCCGAUACUUUUGUACGGGCUGCCAUACGAAUCAGGUGGCGUUUAUACCGGGGAAAAUUUUAUCGAAAUGGGACCUCAAUAGAUAUCCCGUAUCGAACUUCUCGUAUAGAUUACUGGAUCAGAUGAUGUCGGAUCCGUUGUUCCACGUGAACGACUUGAAUCCGCUGCUCUACAGACGUAUCAAACAAUUGAACAAGACAAGGGUUCUGCGUAUGCAGUUGUUCUUCCUGAAAGAUUUUUUGUUUACCUGCCGAUUCUCGACCAGCCUUCAAGACGUGCUGAAGAAGGAGCCGAAUUACAUCAUAAGCGACCCUCACGUAUAUUCGAUUCAAGAUCUGAUACACGUGAAAUUCGGAGUUUUGUUUGUCAGGUUGCAAGAGCUCGUCGGAGUUUGCUGCGCGCAUAUUGCGGACUGCGAGUUGUGCCAAGCUAGAGGAUUCGUGUGCGAACUAUGCUGUUCCAAGGACGUCAUAUUCCCGUGGGACUUAUCGCGGGUGGUGCGAUGUGAAAAGUGCGGUGCCUGUUUCCAUGCGGAUUGUAAGCGCGGUAGCAACAAGCCCGAGUGUCCACGGUGUGAGAGGCUGCAUGCUAGGCGAAUCUCCAGGGAAGAGAAACCCUGA